CAGCGGGAUGACGUCACUAAUGUUGUUGUUGGUGGGAGAGAGGGUGAAAGGAAAAGAGAGGGAGAGAGACACUGUAAAUAUGGAGGAGGUGAGUCUACCCUAACCGUUUAAUGUGAGAGAGACGCGAGAGGAGCUCCGGGAGAGAGAGACCGGAGAUCCGAGGAAACACAGCCGGGAGGAGCGACCUGUCUGCGGGCUGAUCUUCCAGAAGGAGCCGCCGACAUCCACGGUCAUCUCUUUCAGAAGAGACACUGAUUCCAUCUCUGCCGUCCAUCGUCUGUCCUCCAACACAUGGCCGACUCAGAGGAUCCACUUUAACGAACACACACACACACACACACACACACACACACACACACACACACACACACACACACACACACACACACACACACACUCACUCUGGAGCAGGGCUCAACCUUCAUGAAUUCAUCGCACUCCUCGGUAGUGGAGGUGAAGAGCCCCCCCUCAGGCAUGCAAAGCCCUGCAGGAACAGGAAGUGAGCCGAGAGGAGGGGGAGAAGGGGGUGGGGGUCCAGGUGAGGGUCCCGGAGGAGGAGGAGGGGGUCCCGUGGAUCUGAGGACGGAGCCCAGAGGGGGGUCUCUGUCCGGGGGGACUGGGGGAGUGGACACGGCCAUGAGGGAGCAGCAGCUGCAGCAGGAGCUGGUGAUCCUCAAGCAGCAGCAGGAGCUCCAGAAACAGCUGCUGUUCGCUGAGUUCCAGAAGAAACACGAGGUGCUGACGAGGCAGCACGAGGUGCAGCUGCAGGAGCACCUGAAGCAACAGCAGGAGCUGCUGGCAGCGAAGCGGCAGCAGGAGUUGGAGCAGAAGAGGAAGCUGGAGCAGCAGAGACACGAGGAGCAGGAGAAACAUCGGCUGGAGCAACAGCUGCUGCUGCUCAGGAACAAGGAGAAGGGCAAAGAGAGUGCCAUAGCGAGCACGGAGGUGAAGCUGAAGCUGCAGGAGUUCCUCCUCAACAAGAAGGAGCCGGGCAUCGGACUGAACCAUUCUUUUUCCUCCAAGUGCUGGGGGCAGGGCUCUCCUCCACAGAGUAACACCCCGGGAACCCCCCCCUCCUAUAAACUGCCACCCCUCCUGGGCAGCUACGAGGGCAAAGACGACUUCCCGCUGCGCAAGACAGUCUCUGAGCCGAACCUGAAGGUGCGCUCCCGGUUGAAGCAGAAGGUGGCUGAGAGGCGGAGCUCUCCUCUCCUCCGCCGGAAGGAUGGAACUGUCAUCAGCACCUUCAAGAAGAGAGCCAUCGAGAUCUCAGUGUCCUCCCUCUGUAACAGCGCUCCAGGUUCAGGUCCCAGCAGCCCCAACAGCUCCAACUCUGCCAUCAACGGAAACACCGGGUCUGUUCCCAACAUACAGACCGAGCUGAGGUCUCUCCAUCAGACCCUGGGAGCUGAUGGGACAUUAAGUCCUCUGAAUCUCUACACCUCGCCCUCCUUACCCAACAUCUCGCUGGGCCUCCCUGCAAACACACACAUUACGGGGGCGCUGUCCGCCCAACAAGAGGCGGAGAUUCAAGCCAUCCAAUCCCUGCGAGGGGGCGGGGCUCUAACAGGGAAGUUCCUCUCCACUUCCUCCCUACCUGCAGGUGUGGGGCAUGAAGUGGAGACUCCGCCCCCCACCUCCCAUUCUGCCCAUUCCUCAUUACUGCAACACGUCCUGCUGCUGGAGCAGGCCCGACAGCAGACCGCUAUGCUAGCUGUCCCCAUGUACAGCCAGUCGCCGUUAGUGACGGCAGAAAGGGGCGUGUCCGGCGGGAUGCGGGCGGUCAACAAGCUGCCCCGGCAUCGACCGCUGGCCCGGACCCAGAGCGCCCCCCUGCCACAGAGUCCUCAGGCCCUGCAGCAGCUGGUGGUCCAACAGCAGCACCAGCACUUCCUGGAGAAACACUACAAGAUGCUCGGGAAGGGGGCGGAUCUUCCCAGGCCGCCGCCCACCCACCCUGAGGAGACGGAGGAGGAGCUUACAGAGACCAAUGACAUGCAGGAGGACGACGAGGGGGCGAGCUUCCACAGGCUGCAGAAGGAGGGGUCGGACGACAGCACCCCCCCCUCCUCUGAGCUGCUGGGUGUGUAUGUGAAGGGGGAGGAGGAUCACGGCAUGAUGCAGGUGAAGGGGGAGAGCACGGAGAGCGAGCUGGAUGAAGAGGAGGAGGACGAAGACAUCAUCCAGCUGAGAGAGGGCGACGAGGAGGAGCCGGGGGGCUACUCUCAGCAGGCCUUGCAGCAGUUGGGGGGGUACCCGCUGCCCCACAGACCUCUGGGUAGAGCCCAGUCGUCACCCGCCGCCCCGGCAGCUCCCAUCAAACACCUCUUCACCACCGGUCUGGUGUACGACAGCCUGAUGUUGAAGCACCAGUGUGUGUGUGGGAACGCUCACAUCCACCCAGAGCAUGCUGGGAGAGUUCAGAGCAUCUGGUCCAGACUGCAGGAGACGGGGCUGCUGGGCCGCAGCGAGAGGAUUCGGGGUCGGAAGGCGUCUCUGGAUGAGAUCCAGUGCGUCCACUCGGAGUUCCACACCCUGCUGUACGGGACCAGUCCUCUGAACCGCCACAAGCUGGACCACAAGAAGCUGCUGGGUCCAAUCAGCCAGAAGAUGUACGCUGUUCUUCCCUGUGGAGGCAUCGGGGUGGACAGUGACACGGUCUGGAACGAGAUGCACUCGUCAGCAGCCGUCCGGAUGGCGGUUGGCUCCGUCAUCGAGCUCGCUUUCAGGGUGGCCGCCGGGGAGCUGAAGAACGGCUUCGCUGUGGUGCGUCCUCCUGGACACCAUGCUGAGGAGUCCACCGCCAUGGGCUUCUGUUUCUUUAACUCAGUAGCCAUCACUGCUAAGCUGCUGCAGCAGAAACUGGGAGUGGGCAAGAUCCUCAUCGUGGACUGGGACAUCCACCACGGUAACGGGACGCAGCAGGCGUUCUACAGCGACCCGUCUGUCCUCUACAUCUCGCUGCAUCGCUAUGACGACGGGAACUUCUUCCCCGGCAGCGGCGCUCCGGAGGAGGUGGGCUCGGCUGCAGGUCUGGGCUUCAACGUGAACAUCGCGUGGACGGGAGGGGUGGAGCCCCCUAUGGGUGAUGUGGAGUACCUCACGGCCUUCAGGAGCAUAGUGAUGCCGGUGGCGCAGCAGUUCAGUCCAGAUGUGGUUCUGGUGUCGGCGGGCUUCGAUGCUGUGGAGGGUCAUCAGUCUCCUCUCGGGGGGUACAACGUCUCGGCCAAGUGCUUCGGUCAGCUGACGCAGCUGCUGAUGGGUCUGGCGGGGGGACGGGUGGUGAUGGCGCUGGAGGGGGGUCACGACCUCACGGCCAUCUGUGACGCCUCAGAGGCCUGUGUGUCCGCUCUGCUUGGAGACCCAGGUGACUCUGUGUUCCAGUGGCCUCAGGAGAAGCCCUGUCCCAAAGCCUGGGAAUCCCUGGAGAGAGUGAUCGAGAUCCAGAGUAAGCACUGGUCCUGUCUGCAGAGUCUGUCUCAGACCAGCGGACACUCGCUAUUGGACGGCCCUCUGGGGGCUCAGGGCCAAUCGGAGAAGGACGAGGCGGAGACGUUGAGCGCCAUGGCGUCGCUCAGUGUGGACGUGGAGCCGCCGGGAUCGGAGCCCGACCAAUCAGAGCCCAGCAGGUCCACGGAGGAGCCCAUGGAGGAGGAGCCCGUCUUAUAGAAAGAGACCCCCGUUAAUCUUCACCUCUUGGCACCUCCUCUCUCUCCGCAGAGUGUGUGUAGGUUCACACACACACACACCCCUCACACACACACACACCCAGUGGAAAUGUGCUUGUUGUGGAGGAUUCUGAUUGGCUGAGGAGAACAAUAUGGAGGCAGGAGACGGUUGGGGGAAACUGAGGAGGAGAAACACCUGUGGUUACCUGCACACCUGUACACACCUGUACACACCCCCCCACUUCCUGUUUCCACAGCGGGACGUCAGGCAGCGAGAGGACGACUUGUCUCCUCGUCUGUCUGAACGUUUGAAAUGAGCGAGGAGCGGGAGGAACUAGGUGCCUUUAAAAAAUAAAUAAACUGACCGUCCAAUCAGAAGCCACCAAACACCGUCGCCGCAGCACCUCAGCAGAGUAACAGCCAAUCAGGAGUGAGGACACACUCACUGCUGCCGCGUCACUCUUUGUUUUCCAUCCGGAGGCCUUACUUUGUCCCCCCCUCCCCCCCAGAGGAAGUAGAUGUAAGGGUCUGCAUGCUCCCACAGCCUCUAAAGCCAUCCUCACACACUAGUAACCCCCCCAGUACCAGCCUCCCAGUGGGGGCUCUUUACAGGACGUGGUGUGAGUGUCUCAGGAUCGGAGCGUUUUGAUUGGUGGAUACACGUCUCUCUCUCUCUCUGUCACCCCCCCCCUCUUUAUUGUUAUUGUUGUUGUUGUUGUUUCCUCUCUGGUGUAAAUACUGUCUCCACGGUUACGUCAGUGUGGUCACUUUUUUCUAUACCUGUACAUAAAUAUAAAAACACAAAGUACUUUCUCCUUUUGUACAAAAACACAAACUAAUAUAUAUAUCUACACGCGGAUAUAUACUGUACAGUGUUUCCACUCAAUAUCUAUAUUUGGAGAUUUGAUGUUUUAAAGGCUGACAGGAACACACACACACACACACACACACACACACACACACACACACACAAUUCCUGUUUUAGGUGUUUAAUGUGUCCCAUUGUGAACUAUGAACCUGAAGGCAGAGGUAGAACAAGUAUUCAGCUGCUUUACUUGAGCUAAUACGAUAAUACUACACCGCAAGUACACUUAAAGGAGAAGGGUACUUAAGUACAGAUAGGACAUGUACUUAAAUGUAUUCCGAGUAAAAGUACUCAUUGCUCCAAAGAUAUUUAAACAUUAAAAAACAUUUUAAAGCAAAAGCAGCAAAACCUGACUUUCUAAAAAUUCUAAUUUUUAAUUCUAAUCAAUGUUCUUUAAACACGCUCACUUUAACCAUUUCAUUUAUACCCCAUAAUCAUAUUUACAAAUCUAAAUUUACUGCCAAAUAAAUGCAGUAGCAAGUACAGGAUUGGCAUUGAAAUGUAAAACAGUGGAUUAUAAGGUAGUAUAAUGUACUCGGGUAAAGUGCAAGUACGUCAAACUUCAGUAAAUGUACUUUCCACCGCUGCCUGAUGGAGCUCUCAUGACACUUCUCACGCUCAUAACUCUGGGUGUUUCUCUCUGUUUGAGUCACCUUACUCUAACCUGCCGUCUGAAAGAAGCCUCUGGUAAUUAUAUCUGGUUAAUGGAGUGGUUUACUACCGUGAGCAUAUGGUUGCUGGAAAAAUUCCAGUCACUUCUGAUUUGAUUGAUUCUGAGUCACUUCUGAAAACUGAUUGUCUUCCAUGGAACAGCUGCUGUUAUCACUCAUGAGAAGGACCUUUAAAAAGAGGUGGAUGGAAAUGUACGGAAGAGGAUUAGGGCCCCCUUGUCCUUUUGUAAAGCGUCUUGGGGUUUCUUGAAAGGCGCUUUAGUAAUACAAGUUAUUAUUAUAAUUAUUACACGCAAAAAAAAUAUUCAAAUUGUUGGGGAAAAAAGACAAAUCACUUUUUUAAUCAGAUAAAAAACACGAAAUCCACCUGUGGCCCGGGUCCUCUUCCAUAAAAGUCCCCUCAGAGUUCAGAGUGUUCGAUACCUGAGCCUGUUAUUCAGAUGGUUGUUGUUGUUGUUGUUGUUGUUGUUGUUGGAGGUAAACAGCGAGCUCCACUUCCUGUCCUCCUGGUCUGGAGUUCAAUGGUUUUCUGAAUGUGUUUUUGGAUGGAGACACACAAGAGAUUCUGUUCUGACAUCGUCACACGGAGAAAUCCCAUUGGUCCAGGGAGAUGCUGCCUUUAGACACACACACACACACACACACACACACACACACACACACACACACACACACACACACUUGCAUCUCUGAGUGGAAAUACAGCAAUACAACGCUGACAGCUGAUUGGUGGAGCUCCCUCUGGACUUAAGACAGGUGGUGGAGUUUGUGGAGGCAGACCUGAGAGCUGCGUUCGCUACCGGUCCCUCUCUUUUCUUACUGUUUGUGUAACUGAGGUAUGUUCCCGUUACUUUGGCUCCACCUGGGGACCACUGAGUGAACUGCAGCGCAAAUCAACUGAAGGGUCAAUUCAGUUUCAUCACACCUGGGCCUUAUUUCUGUAUUUUUAGCCAUAACUUGCACAUAAAACUAAGACGAACACUAAGAACCAGACAGCUUACAGAGUCAAAGGCUUCUUCAUCAGAAGCACUAUAUUUAAAUUGUAGUUGUUGGCAAUAAAAAUCUAAUUUUUACUCAAACUGAUAUUAAUAAAAAGUGUUUCGCCCAGAGGUAAAUGUUCUGUACUGUAAUCUUCACACACUACGAGUCAUUCUCUCUCACACACACACACACACACACACACACACACACACACACAGUUUCCUAUGGUCCUGUAUAUUGAUAUGGUUGAUACUGUGGUGAACAUGUGGUGUAUUUUUUUUUUGGUGGGGGGGGGGGGCGGUCGGAUCACAAGCACAUUCCUGCUCUUCUGUGUUCUACUUCCUGUUGAGGGAGCGACCCGCGUAUAUAACGUGCAUAUAUGAGACACGUGCAAUACCGGAGCUCUCCUACUGGGACUCUGGGGCCUCUAGGGCCUCUGGUACUGGGAACGGGUCCCAGUCCCUGUGGUCUGUGUUGCUGGAGGAAGGGAAGGACCCUCGUUGUGUUUCAGGGUCCGUGGACAUUUAGAUGAAAGCCUUUUUUUUUUUAUUCCUCUCUGUGCCGUCGUGACGUUUUGAUCCUGGUUCUGUUGCUCUGUGUUUUUUUUAAGUGGGCCUGUUGUUUAUCUCGUCUGGAACUCAAUAAAGCAAUUCACCGACCGACUGAUGACUCCCCGACUCAGCCCAGCGUCUCCCGCUGAAUAUCAGGAUUCAUUCAGAGGUUUUAUUCCCGCUGUGAUCCAAAGGUUGGGAGGAUAUUGAAGUCCUGACCAUGAUUUAUUCUUACUGAGCAGUUAGUCGUACAGAAGGCUAAACAUCACCUCUCAAAGUAAUCAAUUACUCAUGUUAUAAUAAUAUAUCUUGUAUUGGCUUUUAAAUUUCAUCUGUACGGAAGAUUAUUAGGGCCAUAUUUUUUGAUGGGAUCCGACCAAAAGUUAUUUUCCAAUUCUGACUUUUUCUCAGAACUUAAUUUGUGUUUCCCGAAUUGUUGUUGGAUUAAGUCUUAAAAAGGACUUUUAAUUGAGCAGUAAUUUGUUAAGAAGACUAAACCUCAGCUCUAAAAGUAGUCAAAUAUUCAUUUGUUAUUACAUUAUAAUUUCAUCUGUACGGAACAUAUUCUUUGCGUGGAUUUGACCAAAAGUUAACAUUUGUUAUUGUCUUUAGUAACUGUGUGUUUCCCAGGUUGUUGUUGGGUUAUGUCUUAAAAAUGUCUUUUUAUUGAGCAGUUAUUUAAAGAGCAGCAAUGAAACGACUAAAUGUGUUAACAUGU